UGCGCACUAGCGGCUUCUUAACGGAAGACAGAGGCGCGUAAACGCUGGAAGUGAAAAGCACAUGUGUUUCAUAGCAUGUUUAUAGCUGAAUUAUUCGAAAUUUAGCUACAUAUAGGAUCUGUUGUACUGCUCCCUGAUGGAGGAAGUGGAUGUUGACCCGACAGUCACUAAUAUACCAGGAAUCAGACAUGGGAAGCAUAUGGGUUUUGCCUGGGGUCCUGGAGACAUCCUUGUUUAUGAGACACAAUUUAAGCCAUCGGGUUCCUUGCUGCCAGAUGCAGGUGGGGCCUUCAUCCACAAGGUCAGGAAAGAUGAGGACAUAUACUCCCCGAUUUUGCGCAAACUUUUCAAUGAGUCGCAUCACAUCUUUGUUGGACUGCAGACGAUCAAAGAGGACGUCCCCAGCAAGAGCAAAAGACACCAAUUUGUCAGCAUCAGUAGAAACUAUAGAUCUGUGAUUCGGGCUUGCAUGGAAGAGCUCCAGCAAGUUGCAGUUUCCACGAGGGAUACCGAAAUGGCCACACAAUACGGAAAUCAGGUUUCUAUUCUUUUGGCCAUAGAGCUGAUCUGGAACCUGUGUGAAGUGCUUUUCAUUGAAGCUGCCCCUGCUGGCACUCUCUUGCUUCACCUUCUGGACUGGGUGAGGUUACACAGGGCUGAUGUGGAGGAGAAGGCAAAGGACGUGCUGCAGAGCGACAGCCCUGCAGAGCACCACAACUACUGGGAUGUGGUGGUGAGUUACGUCCUGCAGGGCAGAUUGGAGGAAGCCAGACAGAUGCUGGGGAAACAGGCCAGCCUACAGCCAGCCUCCAGGGACAUUUAUAAGCUAAUGGACGGCUUACUCAGCAAGAUGCCCUUUUUCAAUCCUGCUGGCACUCAGACACUAACAGAGUUUGAUGUGAAGUGGAAGAACUGGCAUGAAGAGGUGGACCGCUGCCUGAGCGAUAAUUCCUUUGCGAGCAACGGCCAUCUUGAGCUCAUCUGUAAGAUCCUUGUGGGCGAUGAAGACACUCUGCUAGAGCAGAAGGAGUUGCUCGGUACCUGGUAUCACUUCCUCGUCACUCGACUGCUCUACUGCCACCCUACAGUGAAACCAAUCGAGUUACAUUACUACGCACAGUCAUGCCUCACAAUGUUCUUGGACUCGAGGAGCGUCCAGGAGCCUUUGGACAGCAUCUUACUGGCUGCCUUUGAGUUUGACAUUUAUCUGGUGAUCAAAGACUGCAGCAUUGUUCUCAACAACUGGUGGUUUGUGGCUCAUUUAACGGACCUGCUGGAUCACUGCAAACUCCUCCACUCUCAUAAUUUAAACUUUGGAUCCAACAUGAGAGAGUUCCUCCUGCGGGAGUACGCCUCGGGUUUAUUCACUCAUCACAGUCUCUGGCAGUGCGCUGUGGAUUACUUUGACCACUGUCCAGAGUUGGGGCGAGCUUGCCUUGAGCUGCAGAUCGAGCGUGUGCCUUUAGACACCGAACGCAAGGCGCUCAAAGUUCUCCGGAUUUGUGAGGAGAGGCAGAUGUCAGAGCAAGUGCGGAGUAUCUGUAAGAUCAUGGCCAUGAGAGCUCUGAGGAACAACAGACUGGGCUCAGCUCUGUCCUGGAGCAUCAGAGCCAAAGAUGCUGCUUUUGCAACCCUCAUUUCUGAGAGGUUUCUACAGGAUUAUUGUGCCAAAGGGACUUUUUCUGACUUGGAUCUGAUUGACAAUUUGGGACCAGCGAUGCUCCUCAGUGACAGGCUGACUUUCCUUGGAAAAUACAGGGAGUUCCACAAACUGUACGGGGAGAAGCGUUACAAGGAGGCUGCAAAGCUGCUGCUCUCCCUCAUGACGGCAAAGAUCGCCCCCAGAAGCUUCUGGAUGACGCUGCUGACGGACUCUCUACCGCUACUGGAACAGAACGAGGUGAUCUUCUCUGCAGAUCAGACCUACGAUUUGAUGUAUUGUUUAGAGGAACUGACGUCCUCACUGGACCCUGCAGCUCCUGGUGCAGAUAGACCUAUGCAGGAGGAAGACGUGGAGCAGACCAAAGUGGAGCUCCUCAGGCUCUCUCUGGCCAGGAAUCUGUCUAAGGCUAUCGUUAAAGAAGGAACCGUGGACACAUGAGGGAGAUUCGAGAUU